GAUGGGAAAUAAAUAUGGUUUCAUUAGAAAAGAUGUAGAACAUGUUGAAAAGAAAAAUGCUGAAGUAGGGUGAAGUCGCAGCCGUCGUUACCAUACCACCACCGCCGCCGCCGCCGCAUGUUGUUCUCCUUUCCAUGUCCAUGCGGCUUUGUGUUUUCAACCUUGUCUUCAAAACCAUUCAAAAACCCAACCUAAGAUCCUUUUCACAGCCAUUUGCAUCCACUGCACUCGCUCACUCCGCCCCACCCUCUUUCUCCGACACCACCCCUUCCACGCCCCUUUCACACCCAACCACCCUCCAAGUCCUUCAAACCCUCCAAUGUCUCCACCACCACCCCUCCCUCGCCCUCUCCCUCCUCAACCACCUCCACCGCACCGGCUUCCCGCACACCCUCUCAACCUAUGCCGCCAUCACCAAACUGUUCGCUUUCUGGAACCUGCCCAGAAAACUAGACUCCCUCUUUCUCCACCUCAUUACCCUCUCAAAACACCACCAUCUUUCCUUUCACCUCCUUCAACUCUUCGAAAUACUCUUCCAGGACUUCGACCACCAUAACCAUUACUUGCUCAGAGCUUUUGGUGGCUUUGUCAAAACCUGUGUCACCCUCAACAUGUUUGAUGAGGCCAUUGAUUUCUUGUUCCAAACUCGGCGCCGCGGAAUUGUCCCUGAUGUUCUCACUUGCAACUUCCUCUUCAACAGGUUGGUGGAACAGGGCGAGGUCGAUAAAGCACUGGCUAUUUUUGAGCAACUCAAGAGGUUUGGUUUCAGACCCAAUUGUUAUUCCUAUGCAAUUGUCAUCAAGGCGUUGUGUAAAAAGGGUGACUUGAGGCAACCUCUCUGUGUUUUUGAGGAAAUGGAGAGAGUCGGGAUCACCCCUCAUUCGUAUUGCUAUGCUGCUUACAUUGAAGGGUUUUGUAAUAAGCAUAGGUCUGAUUUGGGGUAUGAGGUGCUGCAGGCAUUUAGAAAAAGUAAUGCCCCUUUGGAGGUUUAUGCAUACACUGCGAUUGUUCGCGGGUUUUGUAAUGAGAUGAAGUUGGAUGAGGCUCAGGCUGUGUUUGAUGACAUGGAGAGGCAAGGGUUGGUUCCUGAUGUGUUUGUUUAUUCUGCGUUGAUUCAAGGGUAUUGUAAGGGUCAUAAUCUGCUCAAGGCUUUGGCUUUGCAUGAUGAGAUGAUUUCCAGGGGUGUGAAGACGAAUUGUGUUAUUGUUAGUUACAUUCUGCAUUGUUUGGAAAAGAUGGGCAUGACUUUGGAGGUGGUGGAUCAGUUUAAGGAACUAAAGGAGUCUGGGAUGUUUCUUGAUGGGGUUGCCUACAACAUUGUUUUUGAUGCUUUGUUUAAGUUGGGAAAGGUGGAGGAUGCGAUAGAGAUGUCGGAAGACAUGAAGAGAAGGGGUGUGGCUUUAGAUCUUAAGCACUACACAACGUUUAUCAAGGGAUACUGCCUUCAGGGUGAUCUCGUUAGUGGGUAUAGGGUGUUUAAGGAAAUGAGUGAUGAGGGUUUCAAACCUGAUAUUAUAACAUAUAAUGUACUGGCAACUGGGUUGUUUAGAAAUGGUCAUGCUUGUGAGGCAUUAAAGCUUUUGGAUUGUUUGGAGAGUCAAGGCGUGAAGCCAAACUCUACUACACAUAAGUUAAUCAUUGAAAUUUUGUGUUCAGUGGGAAAGGUUUUGGAAGCCGAGGCGUAUUUUAACAGUCUUGAAGAUAAGAGUAUUGAAAUCUAUUCUGCCAUGGUUAAUGGCUAUUGUGAAGCGGACCUUGUAAAAAAAGCCUAUGAAAUUUUCCUUAAGCUGUCAAACCAAGGAGAUAUGGCUAACAAUACCUCCUGUUCUAAGCUAAUUACCAAACUCUGUAUGACAGGCGACAUUGAGAAAGCUAAGAUGUUGCUGGAGAGAAUGUUGUUGUCAAAUGCUGAACCUAGCAAAAUAAUGUAUUCAAAAGUUAUAGCUUCACUGUGCCAGACUGGGGAUAUGAAGAAUGCCCGCUCUCUUUUUGAUUUUUUAGUAAAUAGAGGACUCAUCCCUAAUGUUAUAAUUUACACAAUUAUGAUAAAUAGUUAUUGUAGGAUGAACUUCUUACAAGAGGCCCAUGACCUCUUGCAGGAUAUGAAGAGGAGAGGAAUCAAACCUAAUGUCAUUACCUACACAGUUUUACUUGAUGGAAACUUCAAAGCAAAUUUAAGAAGGCGUGUCUCUCGUCAUGGAGAAGGAAAUAAGACAUCAUUGAAAGUUUCUUCCAUCUUGAGAGAUAUGGAGCAAAUGGAAAUAAAUCCGGAUGUUGUUUGUUACACUGUGUUGAUUGAUGGACACAUGAAGAUAGAGAACUUUCAAGAAGCAGUAAGCCUAUUUGAUAACAUGAUUGACAAUGGACUAGAACCAGAUACUGUAACAUACAAUGCUCUGGUCUCUGGCUUAUGUAGGAGAGGGCACAUGAAAAAAGCCAUUAUACUGCUUGAUGAAAUGUAUUCCAAGGGAAUGACACCAGAUGCGUGUGUCAUCUCAGCUUUAAAACGUGGUAUUGUAAAAGCUAGAAGGGUGCAUUUUCAUUAGAAGUUUGUCAGUUAGAUGGUUUGCACUUGGAUUUAUUCUGAUUUCUAAAGUUUAUCCAGUCAAAACCUAAAGGUUGAAAAGAAAAGGACUGUGCUGAAAUUGCAUAUUGGUUACCAGGUCAUUGCAGGUAGAAACAGAAAAGUAUAUUCUACAGAGUAGUAAGGCUCGGCAUUCCUUACCUACCAGUGGCAUCUUCCUGGCUUUUCUUGUCCUGGGGUGACCCAGUCUUUACCAUGUGAUCUAAACAUUGAUUUACCUUCUCUCAGAGUAUGCCAAAGGAAUCUGUUAGGGUCCUGAAGAGUCUCUGGCCUUUGGGAGAACAGUCCUGGAGACUCAACCAUGUGACAGUUCUAGCAAGUGGAGAGCUCAACAUAAAAAGUUUGGUAAAAUAGUCGGUGUGACAAGAUUACUUUUGGGUGAUCUUUAAGACUUUUCAAAAUUGGAUCCUGGUGGUAACGUAUUUUCUGGUUCUGUGAUUUAUGAAAUAUGCGGAUGAUAUCAUAAACGUAGCUAUCCCUUUUAGUCCUCUUGUAUAUCCUUUUUCUCUUACAUUAGUCUGGACACUUCACUUAAUCUUUUCGGAAAUGUUUCUGUUAGGUUCUUUUUUCUGAAGAAAGUCAAGAAUCACCCUAGAACCAAGGUUUACGUGUAUGCCCCCAAAGGAGCUUUCUCCUUUUCAAACUGGAAUAAGACCAUUACACUGAAAAUUAAAAAAAAAAAAAAAAAAAAAAAAGAGAGAUCCCCCUUUACACAUAAGAGGACCUAUUUAGAGGAAUUAUGGUAAACCGGAUAAUAGUUAUGUCAUGCUUUAUAGAAUAUGGAAAGAUGCUUUGCUGUUUUUUACUAGUUAAGUUUAUUGGCCUUAAAUGUUGGGGAAUGCUUAGUUUAAUUAUUCUCAUGAGAAGUUAUUCUGAUUUCAAGUGAUUUUCAAAUACCUUUUAACUUUCAAGUGAUUCCUUCUCGUCUUUUUGUUAGGUUGCGAUUCAAUAUUGAUCUUCAGUUUCAUUCUCUCUGCAGCUUCUUUUCGGCAUUAUUAUUUUUGCAAUGCCUCUAUCCAUGUAUUUUCCCUAAACAAAUAUGCUUGAAGAUCUUCUGUUAACAGUGAAAUCAGAUAAAGAAUAACUCUGUACAGUAUCCGUUGAUGGAAGAACACAAUCAUGAUGUUAUACUGCUAUCCGAAUACAAUUAUUUGGUUCAUAUGGAUUUUUCAGUGUUCCAUGUCUAGCUAAAUCCCGGGACUACAAUUUUGGCUGUGAUGAAAGAGGGAAGUGGAGAUGAAACGAAACAACACGCUCAAAUAUUAACUUGGUCGUAGUUUUCCCUUGUUUUAUUGACCCACUAUAAACCUAUCCUGUUUGCCUAGCUUUGGCUGUGUGACAUGGAAGUGGAAUUUAAUAAUGUUAUAAUGAUUGCUUGCCAAGUACUAGGUUAGGCUAUGGUUUACCAAAUCAUUGUUUCUAUUGGCCUGAUUAUACCUCACUUCUACAACAAUAGUUGUAUUGGAAACUAGUACCUGGUGUACUUAUAAAUUGCACCUACUUCUGUAUCUAGGUUUCUACUGACAUUUUAUCCUUUCUCUUCUCAUUCUGUAAAAAAUUUAUCAUUAUAAAUGAGAUCAUAAGAGAGGUGUAUCCAAGUCAUCUGAAA